AUGGAAGAUCAGGUCUUUACCAAUGUAUAUCAAAAUGUUGACAGCACCAAUAUCUAUGAGAUUCCAGACUCUGAGGAAGACAAAAGGGAUAAUCUUUAUGAUUGUGUCCAUGAAGAUCCACCGUCCCUUUCUUCCAUCACUACUAUCCCAGAGAGCAUGGACAGCAGUCAAGAGAGCUCAGAAGAUAGCUGUAGUAAUUCUGUGGCCUCUCAGCAUGGAGCUGAUGGGGAGGAUGGUUCUUCUUCAUCUCACCAUGGUGCGGAAGAAGACCACCCAUACCAGGAGGUGGAUCUGAUGAGCCCAACUCUGGAAGAUAAACACGUAGAGGGCACGAUGUUUGAGAGCAACGUGCAUUUUCCUCCAUAUUUCCAGUUGCGUCGGAGCCAGAGCAAUUCUUCCAACUCUCCAACUUCCCUCAAGUUCCCCCUUAACAAUAACUUUGGAGAAACCGACAACUUCCAGGCAGAUUGUGAGAUUUUCAUGUAUGUAAAGGCCGGUAUAGAUGGAGAAAGCAUUGGGAACUGCCCAUUCUCCCAGCGUCUCUUCAUGAUCCUGUGGCUCAAAGGAGUUGUGUUCAACGUCACCACUGUUGACCUGAAAAGAAAGCCAGCUGACCUACACAAUUUGGCUCCUGGGACUCACCCACCUUUCUUGACUUUUAAUGGAGAAGUCAAGACAGAUGUUAACAAGAUUGAGGAAUUCUUGGAAGAGACUCUUGCACCUCCAAAGUACCCCAAGCUGGCUUCUAAGCACCGGGAAUCAAACACUGCAGGAAUCGAUAUAUUUUCCAAAUUUUCUGCAUACAUCAAAAAUACUAAGCAACAGGAUAAUGCUGCCCUUGAAAGAGGUUUAGUGAAGGCUCUGAAGAAGCUGGAUGACUAUCUGAGAACCCCUCUGCCAGAGGAGAUUGAUGCAAACAGUACUGAAGAGGAGAAAGUGUCUAAACGCAAGUUUCUGGAUGGAGAUGACCUGACACUUGCCGACUGCAACCUUCUGCCCAAACUCCAUGUUGUCAAGAUUGUUGCAAAGAAAUACCGCAACUUUGAGUUCCCAGCAGAGAUGACAGGGCUGUGGCGGUACCUGAAGAACGCGUAUGCCAGGGAUGAAUUCACCAACACCUGUGCAGCAGACAAAGAAAUUGAGCAAGCCUACGCAGACGUGGCCAAGCGGCUCAGCAAGUCCUAACUGACCUCAGUGGUGGCUCAACAUCCCCUUUUACAGACUCUUCUCUUUGUUGCCUUAACAUAUACUUUAUCAUUACGCUAUCUGGUUGGCAUCCCUGUGACUUCACCUGUUCAAGUGUAUUGGUUAGACAAAUCUGCUUCUCCCUGGAGAAAAGAGAAGGCAGCUCUAGUGUGGGGGGUGGAGACCCUUUGAAAUCUGAACCUAAGAUCUGGCUCAACUAGUAUUAUUCUCAAUCAGUAUUGGAAAUGAGUCCACCUUACUACUUUCUUGUUUCAUGUUGGGGGUAUAUCACCACCGGUAUUUGGAGUUUUAAAGAUAGGAUAUUAGCUGAAAUUUCAAGCAAGAGAGUUAGAGACAUAUAGAACUGGUUCUUCUGCAGGUUAUUUUGAGGACGCUUUUUCCCCCAGCGCUAUUGAGAUCCUUGAGGCAGAAGCAAAAUAUGAGAGUGAGAGAGAGAGAGAGGGUGGAAAAAAAGAUUUUGACCCCAAAGGAGAAAUGCUCUUAGAAGAUAUAUUUAAAAAACCUCUCUGAAUGCAUAUUCUGUUUUAGCAGGCCCAAGAGUUUAUAGGGUAUUUUUAACUUGGCGCAAGAGGGGGAAGCCUGAGUGAAUAUGUCAGACUUGCAGAUACUACUUUGCAUAAAAUUUGCAUGAUGCUGUUGGAUCUGAAUGUCUAAAGCAAAAGAGAGUGAAUGAGCAAUUGAGCAGGCAGCCCUUGGAAGAGUGGGGCUAGUGCCAAAAUGCCCAGUGGAUCUGCUAGUUGGUAGAGACACACAGAAGUAGCAAUAAUAGGGGCAGCACAUUGACUCCAACGAUAGAGGGAAUUGGCACAGCUAACCAAACCACGGAGGAUAUUGUCAUCUUGACUGUAUGGUUGCCAGUUCCUUUAUAAUUGCUAUCUUGGGAAACUUGGAUAGGCAGGAGAAAGCUGUUGCUGCACAUGAAUUCCAGGCAGCGGAAGCACUUUCUUCGUGUUGGGCUCCAGAUGGGUCACUUUCAAGCGCUCAUCAUCUCACCCCAGGAGAAGUUUGCUUUGAGAGCCUCAAAAAGGGAAGACUAAAACAGAGAGAGGCACAUUCCCAGCCAGAAAUUCAGCAAGUAUGCUAGCAGAAAUCCAUGCAUGAUGCCUUAGUCCCACUCCUCCAGGGUUUACUGAUCUGGGUUACACAAUUCUGGAUUAGGAUUGUUUGCUAAAACUGAUUAUUUUGUUCUGUCGGUAGCAUCUGCCUGACACAAUCUGCUUUGCACUAGUGAUUAUUCGCACGCUACUUUAGCAAAUACAGAAUGACAGCUCUUUUGCAUGAAACUCACACACCCCAAUAUGUACAGCAGCGCACAUGGCUCGCGAUUUUCAGUUUGGGAGGGAUUUAUCAUUGUUUUCAAAGAUAAAAUAAAUCUGAGCUGUGACCCAAUGUGGCUCCCCUUCUGAUCAGAGCUGCUAGAGCUGCACUGAUUUGAGGGGAACCCCAGUUUGGUGAGCUGUGACUGAGGGGAACCUCGCAGCAGGCUUGUUUGCAGUCAGAGAGCUGGAGGACUGUAGACAGCAUGGAAAGCCAGCCUCUGCCGUGUGGUGCUGAUGACACUCUGAAGCCAUCCUGUUGCUUUGGUGGGAUUAUUCCACUUUCCACACACACCCAGCUGGGAGCAGAAUGUUGCCCGUUGACUGUGAAGAUAGUUUGUGGUUGACUAUUGUUUCACAUGCAGUGGUCAAUUUGUUGUGAACUUUCAAAACCUUGGAAGAAAAUGCACGAACUCCCAAGUCUUCUCCCAGAAUGGGCUAUUUUAACAACGGCUGGACUGGAGGGCAAAGGCCUGCACUCUUUAAAAUAUUGCUGAGGAAUCAACUGGCUCAGAGAACACUAAUAGCAGCCAGAAAAAUCUAAUGCGAUUAGAAGUGUCUGCACAAGCACAUGUGGCUUGUUAAAAACAUUUCUUCAUGAGAUUGGAAUUAUUUGUGAUUUUUUUUUUUUUCGGUGUAAAUUAAGGCAAUUAUUUAUUUAUUUAUUUUAAUUGACUCAGUCCUUUCCUCUGUCUUUCUGGUUUUGUUUUCACUCAGCACGCUGGUCAGGAUGGCUCUGUCUGCUUAGAAAAGUGUUAUUAGCCAUGCUCUGCAAAUUAGUUUUUAGUGAAAAGUCUUCUAUCUGAUUAAUUGUCACUGGUCUUCUUUUACUUUCACUAUGAUUUGGUUAGGACCAUGCCGAUCAACAGCAUCUACAUUUAUCUCGGUUGUCUUUUUCCAGGUUUGUACUUCAAUUAGUGGCUUUGCUUAAUCACAGUUGCAGUGGAUUUUUGAGUGAAGAUGCAGAGGCAGAUGCAGAUUCUUGCUCUGUGCUUAUUAUAUUUAGCUCCUUAAAGAAGGCUGUCCAAACAUGCAGCAGAUGUAUGGCAGGGUAAAUGAAGCAGUUCAGGGUCUGUCCUGAUUUCUUCCAUCUCUGUGAAUCUUCACCAAUAUGCUGAAUCCCCUGGCUCUGAAAUGUUCUGUGUCUUACUUUAGUUUUGCUAGAAGAGGGCCAAAACACAGUAGAUCUCAGCAACUUCAAAUUGCAUCUGUUUUUAGAAAAUAUUUCAAAAUAUAUACCAAAAAGCAAAAGAAUCUUUCGUAAGAUGAUUUGCAUGUUCUUAAAAUCUUUUUAGGAUUUCAUUAUAAAACCUAUAUAUCCCCAAGGUUUACUAAUGAAUAAGAAAAAAAGUCCUUAAAUAUGGUCUUUUUUCCAACACCACCCUCCCAAAAUCUAGAUAUAAAGUAUUCAUGGAUAUGAGUAAGAAUAAGAGGAAAAUUAAACAGUUUUCAGCUCAGUGCCCGUUCUGUGUGAAUUCAAGUCUCACUCUGCAUCCCAACUUUGCAUCUUACUCAUAGCUCUAUUAUAGGCUGAUCCAAGAUUACGGACAGGUUCAGGCAUUCCCUGACCUUAGUUUGGGUUUGAAAUCCAAGCUCCUGUUUUCAGAUCUGUAACUUUCUCUCACCUUUGUGCUUUUUGGCUUUAGCCAUAGUCAGAAGCAGGAAAUACUGGAAAUCCUACAUAGAAAAGUGUUUUGCUAAGAUUUUUGAGCUCAGUUCUCAAGACUCAGGAUCCAUCACCAGUGAGAUUUUAAAGGGCUCCAGACCCCUUUAGGCAGGGUAUUUUUGGUGACCUUCCAUUGUAGUUAGAAUUAUAAGUAAUAAAUAUUAAUCAUACAGGAUUGUAUAUCUACAUUGGCAAGCCAGCAUUUCUGAAAAGAAUCUAAGUGACAAGACAGACAUUGCAGAUUUACAAUAACUUUGUUCAUAAAUUUUUUGCAAGAUGUAAAGAAAGACAUAGUGCAGAGGGGGGAAGAAGCCAACAAUAUGGAUUUAAUCAUCUACAUUUCAGAAAUGCAGACCAAAUGUCUGUAAAGAUGUCCAUUUCAUCCAAACAUUUCUUAGAUAUUUAUUUCAAAGCUCCCUGUUCAGUCAAUCCAACACUCCAUUCAUAUUGGAUCUAAUAUUGAUUUUUCUUCUAUUAGCAGUGGUAUGGGAGUGCUAGAGGAUCCCAUAUAUUAGUUACUCUUAUUUUCUUAUUUUCUGUUAGACUAAAUUGCCAAGAGGUCAUCUUGCUGUGCAGGUAAGACUAUUUAAAAGAGUCUGACGUGUUCUGACAAACAUUUUUUUUCCAAUAGAAAAUUCAUAUAACGAUAUUGUUUUCUCAGGACUAGUGGGGAAUAUGGAGCUACAGGUUACCAGCUCUUCUCCUAUGUUCAGCUGAAAAGCCACUUCCAGGGAGGAAUGACAGCCUGCAUCACAAAGAAGCUAGACAUCUUUGUUUCCUACAAGAAAGAUCAGCUGAAUUGCACAUAGCAUUUAUUUUGAAUAGAGAUUUAUUUUGUUUUAAUCCCCAGAUACCUUUCGUCCUCUCUCAGCCUUGCUCAAAGUCAUCUCCAAGUCGGCCAUAAUAAUUCUGCCAUUUUCUCAGUGCUAAGAGGCAGGGUGCUCAUGGAUGGGCACAUGGGGAACAGUGUUUCAGUACAACCCAUCCGUCUUGGGGGAUGAAGUCCAAAGGCCUCUGCUUGCAGCACUGCUCCCACAAGCAGAGAGAGCUCCCUUUCUGCACUGAUUAAUUUUGGCUAAUUAGCUGAGUUUAAGGUAUUACAAAAACAUAGGCAGUGGAAAUCCCACGUCUGUAAAGCCCCAGAAGCACACGGAAACAUUCACUUUUUAAAAUGAAUUUGUGUUUU